UAACCAGUCUGAUCAACCCAAGACGCGUACGAUAAAAUUCUUUGCCGUCCGAGUCUCCCUUCGGACAGGAAACCUGCAAUAUCUAUCUUAACCGUCUUCGAAAUUCUCACUAUAUCUCUGGAAAUCCCUCAUCACUUCGCGGCAGAUCGAAGCCCUGGAUCGAUAUCCAGUACUUCACACCUCUAAUACUUGUUUCUUUUUUCUUCUGCUCUCCUUAACCUUCAGUUUUGAACUAAUCGAUUAGGAUUUCAACCUGAUUCGAAUCUCAUCGGGAGUCAAGAUCGGCUCGUUGAUUGUCAAUUACAGGUUAAGGAUUUGAGUGGUGAUCAGAGAUUGUUAUCUUUCUUUGGAGAAGAAAAUCUAGAUACCGGCGAACAUGUUUAGUCGGCUUUUCGGAAAGCCCAAGGAGCAGACGAAUGCUCUGGCGACGCUUGACAAGUUAAACGAGACAAUUGAAAUGCUAGAGAAAAAAGAGAAAGUUCUUCUGAAGAAAGCUGCUGCCGAAGUUGAAAAGGCUAAGGAGUUUACAAGAGCCAAGAACAAACGAGCCGCAAUACAAUGUUUGAAGAGGAAGAAGCUUUAUGAACAGCAAAUCGAGCAGCUAGGGAAUUUUCAAUUAAGAAUUCAUGAUCAGAUGAUAAUGUUAGAAGGUGCCAAAGCUACAACUGAGACCGUUGACGCUUUGAGAACUGGAGCAUCAGCAAUGAAGGCAAUGCAGAAAGCAACAAACAUUGAUGAUGUUGACAAGACUAUGGAUGAAAUCAACGAGCAGACCGAAAAUAUGAAGCAGAUUCAGGAAGCACUCUCAGCUCCUAUUGGUUCUGCAGCUGAUUUUGAUGAGGAUGAACUUGAAGCAGAACUUGAGGAAUUGGAAGGAGCUGAGUUGGAGGCAGAACUUCUUACACCAGCUACUACAGCUCCUGCAACUCCACUUCCCAAUGUUCCAUCUGGCAAGCAACCACUUCGUCCUUCUGCACAUAAGAAUACAGCGGAAGAAGAUGAGCUUGCAGCACUGCAAGCGGAAAUGGCUUUGUAAUAAGGUUAUGAGAUUGGUGAUAAUCAUAUAGGGAUGAUUUGUGCCCUGGGAAUUUAGAGAUCCUCAAGCCUUGCUCUACUGUUUUAGCUCAAAUCUAUGUUGCUUUCUUCAAUGUCUUGUUGUAGGCUGAUGCUUAGGAUUGAACUAUUCCCCAAUUAUACCAUUUGUGAUACACAAUGUAUUUAAUAUUCACUAUUGAUUGUCAUUGAUGCACAUAGGCUUUACUGUGUCAGCUUAUGUUUGGUUUAUGUGAAUUGAUGACUUUACUCCUGUUAGACCCUUUGUGGCGCAAUAUAUCUGUGUGUCGGUGUA